UUAAUUUUAAUUCCAGUUCUUCAAUACUGCAAUUUCACAACAAAGCCAGCGGCGCUUUUCCCAUUCAAUGAGUAUUACAACACCAACCAGGAGAUUAUCCAAGGAAGUUUGCAAGUUCAUUUCUCGAACACCCACUUUGUCCCCGGGAUCGAAGGUGAACCCGGCGGUGCAGUACGACUAGAAGGGAAUCAAAACUCCUACAUCGAGAUUGAAUCAAACAAACAAGUAAAAUUUGAACAAUCAAUGACUAUUUUGCUUUACAUUAACCCGACUCGAAACCUACCUGGGCCCCUUGUUCAUUAUAAUGCUAUCGGCCAUGGUGUGCAGCUUUGGGUCCAGGGGAAUGCAGGUGAAAAGGGAGAGCUUAUGGCACGGUUCAACAAACGAAACCUGAAUACAACCACGCGGUUGAGAGCUGAAGUGCUUAACUUAGGGCAAUGGAAUUUCGUUGGCGCCUCGUAUGAUCACGUAACAGGUUAUGCAACUCUUUAUCAUGACGGUUUGGUAGUCCAGAGAACGCUUAUUGGCAAGAAUCUGUAUCUCGCCACACGGUACGAGAUUCGGAUUGGAGCGGUAGCCAUUUCUUCCCUAGGUUCCUUCCAUGGAGAAGUUGCAUGUUUGCAGUUCUAUUCCAAGGCACUUGAACCAAGGGAAGUCUUUGAAGGAAAAGAUGCCUGCAAACAAGGUUUGUAAAGGUGAAGAUGUUGUAAAUAUAAUCCGUUCCCAGGUUACUGAAACCUGUAUUCAUCCUUGUUUAAUUCAGAAUUGCUCAUUAGACUCGAAGGAAAUUUCUUAGGACGGAUUUUACCUACACCACACUGAGAGAUGAACAGAAAGAUGAAAGCACUUAUUUCGCUUCUCGAGGGAUCAAGUUAAUUGGGCUUCAAAUAUUUCUUUCCAGAUCAUUAUUAACUACUCUGCUGAGGAAAUUAGAUAAACCACGAACAUUUUAGGGUUAAUACUCCAAGCAGUGAGUUCGUGAUUUCAGUGGCUAGAUUAUGGAAUCCACGUUGUGGAACACUAUAACCGGACUAUGUAUGGACUUCUUUUUCAAUUCAGAUACCUCGUCAACCACCCCAACAGACUUACCAAAACGUGCCUAAUUAUAUUGUACGUAAAGGAAUCGUAGCGGCUAAAAUCGUGAAUAAUCGUUAAUCUUCCCCGUUUUAUUUAUUACUGUAAGAAUAUCACAGAACAGCCAGUAGAAGCAGCUGAUUGGGAUUUAGCAAUGUUAAUUCAAUGUCUUUUAUACAAUGGGAGUUUCUUAUUGCAGGAAGGUAUUCAAAGGGACUAAUAUAUUGCAUUUGAUUUCAGUGGUUCCUCUACUUUUUCUUUCUCUCAACCUUACGUCACCAGUGCAUGUGGCAGAAGCAAAUGAAACAUUGCUGGCAGUUAGCGCAAUUACAAACAAAAACGUCACUAAACCAUUCUUCCGAUUUGACUUUGGUGAUGGUACCGAUGUUCAAGAGAGUUUCCUUGAAACGGCUUUUCACAUGUACAGCUAUAUAGGGUACUAUUCCUUGCAUGUAGUGGCUUGGACCUUGUGCAAUACUAGCAUUUUAACUGGCAACGCCAACAUUUCAGUGCCGAAACCAGUUCGCAUUUUAAACAACGUAUCUCUUCAUAGCAACCCGACAGUGUUUGGGGAGAUCACCCAAAUAACACUACUUGUUGAGCAAGGAACAGAUUUUGAGUGCUUGUGGCUGCUAGGUGAUAAUGCGAAUAAAACAACAGUACGCAAUUUUUCAGGAGCAAUUGUUUUUAGACACACCUACUCAGCUCCUGCGACUUACACAGCAAUAGUCACUUGCAGAAACAGAAGAAGUGAGCUAUCCGUUUCUGAAACCGUACAGGUCCAAAAAGUUAUAAUGGGGCUGACAAUGAUUCCAAUUCCUCCUAUAUUGUUUGGAACACAGUUUAUGGUAAGAUGGCAUAUUAACGAUGGGACUGGUGUUUUAUACAAAGCAAACUUUUCAGAAGUUACUCUCGAAGCUGUUAAGUCAAAAAAUGAGACGCAUGGACAUGCAUUGGUAACACAAAACGAGUACAAAACUCCUGGAAUAUUUUAUGCCCAUGUCGCUGCCUCAAAUGCCGUGACGAAAUGGAUUUCCACAUCUCUUAAAUGCGCCAUUCUUCGAGAGGUUUCUCCGUUUGUGCCCGUUCUAAUUCAUCAGACCAGAGAUAUAGAGAUCAAUGAGACAAUUUCAGUUUGGUUGACAGAAGUGAACUCUGGACCCGAUAUAAAUGCUUCAUAUAUGGUCAGCUUUGGAGACAACAGUAAAGUGGUGCAUACCCGUGAAACCUUUGUCAAUCACUCUUACAGUUAUCAUGGGCUUCACACUGUUAACAUCACAGUUGCUAACAAAGUUUCUCGAUUCAAUACCAGCAUUCUCAUAAAGGUUCAUAAGCCAGUGAUCAUGUUAGACGGGGCCGUUAUACCCAAUCUCAUUGCUAAAGUCAAUGAUCAUGUCAACAUUACUAUGUUUAUCAUGAAAGGGUCAGAUUUCUCGUGCCAUUGGCAGUUUGGAGAUGGCCACGAACUUUUACAAAACCUAGAGGAUGAACAUUUUUACUUCAAAGAUUCGGAGUUGAGUGUCAAAAAGUUCAUCAAUAUUAGCAUUUGUGCAAAACACGUUUUUGAGAAAGUAGGUAUUUAUAAAGUCAACGCCGCUUGUCGAAAUCGCUGGAGUGAAGUGAGAGCGUCGGGAUAUGCCACAGUUCAGAAGGAAAUUACAUUCUUCCAGGUUUUGCCAAUCAAACCCGUGAUUCUUGGCAAAACCUUCGUGAUAAACAUGACCGCAACUGGUACAAAUGUAACGUUGAGAGCUCGUUUUGAAAGGAAGGACCUUAAUAUUGAAAAUCACAACUUCUACCAUUUGUCCGUAGUGACUUCAGAUGUUUAUAAGAGAGCAGGGCAGUACAACAUAACAGUAACCGCAAAGAAUUUGGUCACUCCAUCAUUGCUUUAUACACAAAUCCUUUAUGUAGAGAUCCCUAUAUCUAUCGCUAGUAUAAACGUCACCUAUUUAAAAGAUAACACUCACCAUGUUGGUUAUGGCAGCGACAUGAAUAUCUUUGAAGUUGGAAUGCCAGUUGUCUUCAAUGUCACCGUUGAAAACGGUUCAAGUCUGACCAACAAGUGGUCAAUAAAUAAUGUUAAGGAACAUUUCACCAACCAAAUCAUUAUGCGCACUUUUAACACGCCUGGAAUAUAUGCAAUAUCGGUACUUGUUAAAAAUCGAGUGAGUCAAGUGGCUGCUGGUGUAGUGAUUGCUGUCCAAAGACGUCCUUCUGUCUCACAUGGUGGGUUACUGAGAUGCUCUUCUCCAAGGGUAAUGGGAGAAAUCGUUACCAUCCAAACAACCAUCAAAAUUCUUGGAACCAACUCGACCCUUCUCAUUGAGUUAGACAAAAGCACAAGCUACUGCUAUGGACACGUUUGCGGUUGCAAUGAAUUGGAAAAGGGCUAUCUUUCCAAAAGAGUGCAAUACAGGGGUGAACUUAAGAAAGAUAUCAUAUUAAAGAAGGUUUUUAACUCGCAAGGAAUUUUCACCAUCAAUGCAACCCUUGGCAAUGCAGUUUCAAGAGUAUCGACAGCCUGCGAAGUUGAGAUUCUCGCAAGACCUUGCAGGAAACCUAAGGUAAAAUUAAAGGACGCUGGUGAAAUUCCAAACGAUGCAAAACACUUUUUCAGAGCCGAAGGUAUCACCAUCGAGGCAGAUGUGGAUGUGUUUUGCCCCGAAUCCAAGGAAUCCAAAUAUGAAUGGGAGAUCUUACAAAAUGAUCCAAGAACGGGGACCUUCGAAUACUUUCAUGAUUUUAAUUCAAACAAAGAAGUUUCUCUGCGAGAGUUACAAUUAAGAAGGAGGGCAUUGCCUUUGGGAUUGUUUAAAGUGCGUUUAAAAGUUGGAAUGGUUGAAGAAGAAUUAAAAGAUUUCACCACUGUUGCUGACGGUUACAUCAGGGUAGUCCAGUCCCCGUUGAUUGCAAAGAUCACUGGAGGAAGCGAGAUUAGAAGGGGGUUUGGAUCUAAGCUAUCCAUUGAUAGCCUAGGCUCAUAUGACCCGGAUGUUGGACCAGGCACUAUUGCAGGUAUUUAUUAAUAAUACAAUGAAAGGGGCCAAACCCAUACUUAUAACUAUUACCUUCAACAAAACAAUAGUUCUAAUUUGAACUAGGCAACCAUACUAUUUAAUAAAUGUACAAAAAUAAGAUAAAUAUUACAAUGCUGAAUGUCUUGAUUCAAGCGAUUCGUUUUGCUUUCGAGCUCUCCUUUUUUAGACAAGGCAAAUAUAAUUUGUCUUUAUCCGUUCAAUCAUUUUUCAGUCUUUUCUUUUUAUAUCGCAGUCGCAGCCAGUCAUAGCCUUUUGUUUAUUUGGAUUAUCUGAAUUUAAGUGAGUUCUCACUCCAUCUCGUAAAUCACCGACGUUAACGUCCUACAUUUCCGGCUGCAUCGACUACCAGCUACUGGCAUGUUAGGGAAAUGACCCCGUGCUCCUCCCGAAAAGAUCCUUUCCUUUCGGGGAGGACCGAAAAUCGAGCCUAAGGCUUAUUAUAUAAAUUUAGUCUUUUAUAAUCCAAACCGGUGAACGGAUAAGCCCAAUGUUAUUUUACUUUUUUAUGGUUUUCUAGGAAUAGAGUUCACCUGGUUUUGUAGAAAUACCACCGAAAGUUUUCCGAAAAUUAUAACAGAAGCGAUCAAUGGUGUGGUUAAUGUUUCAUCGGAAGAGUUAACUGCAUUGCCUCCCAGCCCUGAUCAAGGCUGUUACCGAAACGGGCAGUAUCUUCUUUCUAAAACGGCCUCUCUUGAACUAACCACAAAUCAAAUGGUGCAAAAUGAGACCUACGUGAUCGUACUGGUAGUAACAAAGGGGAAAAGGACAAGUUCGGCUACUCAGAAACUCGAAAUUGGUCCUGAAAAUCUUCCGACUCUCACCAUAAGGUAAGAUCAUUACCCGUGGAAGAACACUGAGGUACAUUUGGGUAGAGUUGUGCUGCCGAGGCCUUCAAACCCUGACCAUGUUUAAGACAAAAAUCGUUCAUUCCGCUACCUUGCCUCGACAUUUAAUUGCCCAGGGCCGGGUUGUUCAAAGCUGGGCUAAGAUAACCCACGGUUAAUGCGACAUUUGAAUUCAGAGAUGAAAGUUGAAAAAGCAAAAUUUAGUUUAAUUCUUUUUGUUUACGAUGUGACUAUUGGAUGCUCUAAAAAGGAUAGAGAAAAUCAUUCGAGAAAAUGCCUUCAAACAAAAGAAAAAGAAACCUGGAUUAAAAUUUAACCUCGGGUGGGCGCUAAUCGAUCGUCUUCGAGCAACUGGCCCCUGACUCAUUUCGUUUCGCAUACACAAUAUAGAAUUUGUUUAUACUACUAUUGGAUAUUUUUGGAGACAAAUUGUAUUUAAGUGCCACCAUCUAGACAGCUACUCGCCAACCUUUACACGCCUUUAAAAGGCUUCCUGUCCAAAAAGACACCCCGUUGAAAAAGGUAAAUGAUAUAAUUGUAUACCCUGUUUAAGACUCAAGACCCUGGAAACCAUACCCUGUUCAACGGAACAUACCCGUUAUGGCCAAAUAUGGCAGUGUUCCUCCCCCGGGUUUAAAUAUACGGGAAAGCAUAUUGUCUUACACCAUCCUGUUUAGAAUCUCUUCGGUGGUGUUUGAUUGGUAGCGACGUCUUUGAUGAUAGAGACGAGAUUUCCUUUUAAACAAUUUUCAACCAGAUUCAAUUCGGUAGAAUUGUGUUUGUGACUAGAUACACGGUUGAUUCCGGACUUUCUAUUACAGAAACAGAUCUAAAAUUCGAAGUCUAUGUAGUGGGGUCAGUCUUAAUUUCCUUUUCUUUUUUGUUUUUGUGUAUGGUAAUGGAUGAUACAGUGGAACCUCGAUAUAACGAAGGCUCAUGGGACUGGCAAAAUAUGUUCGCUAUAACGAGGUUUCGUUAUAUCGAGGUUCUCUUUCAUAUAUUUACCGUACAUAAAGAAAAUCGUUCGUUAUACCAAGGACUUCGUUAUAUAGAGGUUCGUUAUAGCGAGGUUCCACUGUAAUGAGUUUAAACCAAAGGAAACUAGGAUUUGAACCAAAGCUGAAGUUGAUCUACAAUAUACAUAGCCGAACAUACAUAUGAUGCGAAAUAGAAUAAUUUUGAUAAAUGCGACAUAGAAAAAGAUGUCUGUGUUUCUUUUCUUUUUGCUCUUUGCUUUUUCAAGGUGCGAGGUUAAUUGUGGAAGCAAAAUGAACCCCUCAGAUAAACUCUCCCUAUCAACUCAGUGCAAAGGAAUAGGUUGUGUAACCCAAAUUAAGUAUUCCUGGUCUUUGUUCGUCUUGGAAGGCCGCGAAAAUGGAGAAACAACAUGGAGGCGUGAUAAUAUGACACUACCAGGCCUGAAAAACGCCACAUCAAGUGCUUAUCCAAACAUUGUGAUAAGGGAAUAUAGCUUUCAAGGAAGUAGAGAUUAUAAGUUGGUUAUCACUGCAACGCUGCCUGACGGUAAUUACGGUAGAGCUGCUUACACUUUUCUAACAAAUGCUGCACCUACGGGUGGUACCUGUGACGUCGAACCACGUGUUGGUCACGUGUUCAGUACGCGCUACUGGUUCUGGUGUUGGGGAUGGAGUGAUCCCGAUGGACCUUUUCAUUACGAGAUCGUAAACGUCCUACAGUCUGAGGAAUUUCUCUUGUAUUACGGAAGAGAAGCAAAUACCUCGCUUUCACUUCCUCUGGGAAAUGAGGACAAUAAUUACACGUUAGAGAUUGCUGUUCGUGUUUUUGAUAGACUAGGCGCUGAAACGACUGUUAAUCUCCAAGUUAAGGUACCAAACACUUUUUUUCUUACAACUAUAUGUUUGCUUCUUUUAGCGAAAUCAUCUGUUAAUCCUUCUUUGAAUUCACGUAACUAGUUCAACUGGGAAGUUUAAAAUUUUUAAGAUUGCAGAUUACACAAUUAAAAUUAGAAUUAGAAUUAGAUUCAGUGUUUCAGUGGUUUAAAGCCAGUUUAACCAGAUUUCAUUCUUCCGUACGACACAAUAAAUUCGCCCAGAUCGAGUAGAAUACCGAUUAUCUAUUUCAGCGAAGGCCAACUGAAUGCCUUCAAUCGAGGUCUCAGUUUGUGACUCAAGUCCCUCGAGAAACCAACAUCAGUGUUCUCCCAACAAUAACGAUACAUUUUCAAGAGAACCGUUUAUGAGAAUUAAUAGGAUAAUCAACUAAAAGAAAGUGCUUUGAUCUUUUAUCAAAUUUUCUAAAUUCUUUGAGGAAAAUUAAGGAAAUAAGUGUGGAAAAUUUAUGUGUGGAUAUUGGGCAUUAUGAUAAAUAAUCGGCCCUUAUGCUAAUACCACAAAUGACGAGCACCCCCUUUACCACUUGUAUCGCGGCUGGUAGCUAAGUAAUCGAUAAUAUUGAAAAAAAAAAAAAGGUCCAGCAAACCGCUAGGAUCACUGCGAUGGCUUAAGAGAUCAUAAGGAAGCCAGUCUUAAUUUUGUGAUUCAUUAUGUGAUUAUUUAAUUUUUCUUCUUAGUCCUUACCUUCCCUAGUCAAGGGUACUGAGCUGCUGAGUAAGCUAUCAAAUCUUACAAGUGGACAGGGCAGUUCCUUAGCGGCUUCAGUGAAAACUGGAAAUAGCCACGAGGUCGCAUUAAUGAUUGUGAGCAUUUGUUCGGUUUUAAAUCAUCAAACAAAACUCGGUGAUGGAGGAGAAGCUGUUGACCUUGCAGAAAAACGAAAGGUAGAGAAAUUCGUAAUCACUACCAUUAGAUAUGAACUACCGUUAAAAUAUUGUGGAUAAGUAGACGCUAUUUUGUUAAAACGAAGGAAACAGCCAUGGACUAUAGGCGACCCUUAAGUGUAUGUCUUCAGCACCUGUCCCCUGUGAAAUUAUAUGAAUCAUACUUUCAUUCAAUUCCACCCUCGGAGUCCACCAUAUUUCUAAACUGACUUUUUCUCCAAAAUCUGUUUAUUCUUUUUUCCUAGUUUUGAGAGUCCCAAUCAAUCAUUCAAUCAAUAGAUGAGCAGUUUCGAAAUGUUUUUACAGAGGGAGUCUGAUAACCUUCACGCAACCUGCGUUAAAUUGCUUUAUCUUAUGUGAGGCUGAACACACGUGUCCGCACUCUUUAAAGCAAGUAUUUGACAGUGCUACUUAACUCCAACAAGGGUUUUUAUUUCUUUUUCUAUUGUUUUUCCAACGUAAAGGUGCGAAGCUCUCUGAUAUUGGCAAUCACUUACCAAAGGCCUACCUCUCAGCAUUCUGCCAAGCUUAUUUCAGGGUCCCUGUAUCAGGCUACUCAGGUUACCACUGAAAUAUCGUUGGAUGCACAGGUAAAGAACUCUGACUCGUAAUUAGUCUGUCUCAUGAAGGUUUUCUACAAGAGGCAUAAUUUCUUGAUUAAUCACACAGUUCGAUGUGAACGGAGUAGAAUGUUUUGGAAAUAUGGUAGAUCGAAAUAGCUUGACAUCUUCCUCUAAGGCAAGGUCGAUACAAGCCUAUUAUGCUCAUGAUACACCUUGUUUAUCAACCCCCCCUUCACCCUUUCCAUAAUUUUGCAAUUGUUCCUGGGUAUUACAGUAAUCCAAAGGGAAAUUGAAGAUAAUUCUCAUGGACGGGAGUAAACAAGGUUCCAAAUGGGCAAUGGGCAAAAUGGUGAACUUACAUGUUGUUUAUUAACGCAUACAAAUCUUUGUAACUACGCCUGUCUAUACGACAAAGAGAUUUAUUUCCUUUUUUAUACCGAUUACUGAUAGGCGAUGAUAAAGGUAGUCUUCCGCGUAGGACUUCGCUACAGAUUGUGACAAGGCCAUAUGAAAAUCGUCAGUAAACGCACAUGUUUUUACGCAUUUACAAAUUCACCGAACUAGUAUAGAUCUACAGUGCACCCAAGGCAAAACCCCUUAACUGAACGAAGUUGACAGAUUGCCGCAACUACCGAUCAAUAAAUAAAUGGAUGAGAAAGCCACAUAUAAAACAACACACAUACUUCAAAUAAUACUUACAAAUAAUACCUUUAAAUAUCUGUCUGUUUAUCUUUCUUGUCCAGGAGGCCAGUACAUCUGCUUUAACAAGCAUUGCUGCUUUUGUGGACCGUGAAUCAAAAGAAACUGCGUCUGGCUCUUUGGAGUCUCUUGCGUCAACUACGUGUGGUGCACUUGGGAACUUACUGGGCGCCGCAUCUGAGGAAGCAGCUGUCAAUCAAGCUAACAUCAGCAAUCAGGGCGUGGAACAGCAAAGUGCGACUGAGAACAAGCAAGCUAAAGUACAUUGUGUUUAUUUCAAUAACUCGUAACAUACUAUUGUGAAUUUUACCUAGACGCUCUUGAGCUGUUUUCAAAGGUACUCCACGUUAAACAGCGGAGGAAUAUAGAAUAUAAAAAGGCCGCCAGGAUACGUAAAAGGAAUGUUGUUAGUUAAGGUAGCAACUUGAGGAUUUUACGUUGGUGCUGGCCAUUGAUCCUUUCAAUAAACCUCUUAAGGCACUGAGCAUUGCUUGCUGGCGUCCUUAAUGUUAUCCUUUACACGGGGAUUACAACGUUUCAUUUUGAAGAUGAAAUGAAAUACUUACCUAUGACAAUUUCAGUGGUAGCUCGUCCGUACUAUACCUACCUAAAAUGCCAAAGUCUAUUUCGCGAGUCAAUGCAAAAUGAAAUGAACUGGUUAGUAAAGUUAUUCGACACUUCCUUUUGUUUUGUUGCCCUCAAAAGCCUGGGAAUGGUCUUAAAGGUCUUUAACGUGGCUGCUUGGCUUCUCACUAAGGUGAUUGCAUUACAAUAGACCAUUUGAAUCACUGUCUUUUCUAGGGUAAAGCAAUGGUGAAACGUUUAAUCAACGCUCUAGACUCUCUGACCACAUCACUGCUUAGAAGUAAGGUUUCAUUUGAAGAAGCUUCAGAGUUUUCCACCCCGAGACUCACAGUCAACUUGAAAAGUUUCACAGUUUCUGAUGCUGGCAGUGAAGUGCGAGUAGGUUUCGCAAAUUUCAAAUUGCCGGGAGGAAGCAACAUGUUCCUUAAAGGGAUGCCAGGACUGACAUCUGUCAAUCAAAAGGUAAGUAGCUUUAGUCACCUACUUGGCAACCGAAUGAUGAUGAUGAUGAUGACGAUUAUGACGUUGAUGCUGUUAUUCGUGAUGAUGACGAUGAUUACUGAUGAUGAUAAAGACGAUAACGAAUCCAGGUUGCUGGACAAUUGAGCAUUUGCGCAAAAUACGGAAGGAAGAAUUUGUGUCGCCUUUUGGUCUGUCUGUUAUCAUCGACUACUAAACUAAAGCAAAUGUGCAAUUUCGAUCCGGAUUGUCAUUAAAGAAAAGAAGUUCCUUUCCUGCAGGUCAAAUUUUAUACUUAAUGCACUAGGAUAAACCAACUCCCACAAUUUUAAUAAAGCGAUUAAUAGAAACGCGCGACCUAAUUUAGGAUUAUGGAAAUUUUCUCAUCCGCCAUUCUCGUGGAUUACGAGGCACUUUACUGCCAAAAAUGAGAAAAGAGGAAAGAGAUUACUCACAUCUCCCUGCCUUUUAAAGAUUAAGGAUUUAAGUAUCAUUUUUGCGAUAAGUAAAAUGGUAUGCCGUGCAUCAUUAGUUUCGCUGGGUGCAUUUCUCUUUCCAGGUAUUUUCAAUGACACAAAACUACUAUACCUACAACAACUCAUCCCGCGACAUAAGUAGUCCUGUCGUGAGUUUGUUAUACCAGGACAAGACCAACGAAAGGCCUAUAACAGUUUCAAAUCUCAACAAGCUGAUUGAAUACUUUUUACCGGUCCGUGCAAACCUGCCUGAAUCACAAGUGUUUAAUGUAAGUGUGAGGGAAGAAGUUACGUGGGUGUAUCACAAGUUUGUAAUUACUUCGAAAGACGAAUCAGUCAGCAUCGAAGUCACCCCUUUUAACUGUAGCCACAAACUUCAGAUCUUCGUCCGAGAGAAUACGAAACCUACUAAGGAGAAAUAUUCUUGGAGAAAACAGAUCUGGCAAUCUUCAAGUGCAGGUCGCCCAGACACUAACUACACAGCUUGCUUUCAGGAGUAUGGUGCAUACACACUCUUCUUGUCAAAUAUGGACUUACGAGAAACCACUUACAUCAUGGGCGUACUAUACGAAGGGGGCAAGGAAGAGAUUGGGAUGAACUCCAAUGACACUAUUAUGAUGAAAUAUUCCAUAAGAGUAUAUAAAGCAAAAUGUCUUUACUGGAAUCAACAACAGGAAGCAUGGAUGGGAGACGGAUGCAUUGUAAGUGCCGCGUCUAGUUGUUUCUUAUUUUCUUUCUAAUAGUCAUUAUUGUUAUGUAAUGUUAGAAACCCUCAAGCGCAACCCCCUAGAACAUUAAACCAGAAAUAAAAACGUGCGAUGAGUGUUUUUGAAUACUCCGUUCCCGGAGUAUUUUAUUUCAACACGAUUGCUAAAUAAUGCAUGAAAAAUGACAGAAAAAGCAACCAAAAUAACAUAGCUUGGUCAGAUAAAGUUGUGUACUUAAUACACUUACAACUUAACAGGAGGGAAAAAUACCCAAAGAGUAUCGCUAAACCUAACGAUCGGAAUGUGGCAUAAACGACGAGUUUAGGGAAAACGUCGUGACGAAGUACAAAUUGAAAUUUUCUUUCAGUGAAAAAUUAAUAUAAAGCUCAUUGAUGGAGAUCACGGUGAAUGUCUUAUAGUGCGUAAUCCAUCCUUUAUAUGGAGGGGGGAGAAGGGGACGCCAUAACUACGUAAAGUUUGUAAAUUGUGGUUUGAAAGUACUCUCUGAAGAAGACAUUAUUUGCCUAAAGAGUAUUCAAAGAUAAGAACAAACAUGUGUGUUUAUGAAAAGUCUCAUUUCUCGACUUUUCCUACUACUGAGAUAUACAUUGAAGGAACUUUUUUAAUGUGAAGACAAAAACAUGUCGCUUCUUUAUUGCUUGUAGGUUGGACCCCUUACGAGCUCCAAACAAAUUCAUUGCCUUACCAAUCAUUUGACAACAUUUGGGUCUGGAAUGCUGGUGGCGCCUAAUCCUUUAGACUUCAGUAAAGUAUUUGCGGGUUUCAAGGAAGCCUUUCAAACUGGAAAUGUGGUUGUGCUUUUCACUAUUCUGACUUUGCUAGUCGUGUAUGCCUUGUUAGCCGUAUGGGCUUGGAGACGAGAUAGACUGGAUUAUAUGCAGGUUGGAACGUCACUACUGAUACAUCAUACUAUCGUUUCACGGUAUCGUUUUGAAAUCUUUUACCUCAGCACUCAUCUCCAGAAAUGCAAGAAAACUCGAAACUUACGUAAUUCAUAUUAGACAUAAUUGAUUUCCUAAUGGCUUCAUGUACAAACAGAAUUGCUUGAGUAUAGGUCAGAGGAUUAGGGCUAGUGGACACAAUACUUUCACCGUCCAUAAAAAAAAAUUCAAAAAGGACGAAAAGGGAAAAUUCGAAAGUUUUGAGACAUAGCUACUUGAGCUACCGCCUCAUUUGCCAUGUUUGUUGCCAUCCAAAAGGAAUUACCUAGCCGGCGAAUUCGAAAUACUCCUUUCAAUUUCCUCUCUUUGAAAGGGCCUUUUUGGUGAAGAGUGGAUUAGGCCUUGAACAAAAAGAGUUAAAAAAUUCGCUUUUACAUCGGUUCAAUGUGAUCAUGCCCAGCGUUUACGUGGGAAAGGUGGUAUUUUAGGCGAUGCAUUUUCCUCCCUAGUUCCAGUAGUUCAGGGAUUGGAGUGUGACAGUAAGUCAAAAAGGGGGAAAGGAAUCCCCUCACUUUUUUUCCCGAUCAUUUCUCUUUGCGCUGUCCCCACAAUCUGAACGCUUGGAACAGGCUACCUCCCCAGAGAUAGUUCUAAAAACAUUUUAGGGUUCAUGCACUUACCUCGGUUUUUAGGCUUUAACGGACCUGGCCUGCUGCAAACACCUAAAAUCCUUGUUCGCUACCAUUUACAUUUUUACAGAUUGGCACCACUGUCGUUCCAUCUCACCAUAACGGCGAUUACCGCUACGAAAUCUACUUUGUUACCGGAAGUCGUAACAAUUCUGGUACAACCGCCAAUGUAGGUUGUGAGAUCUUUGGGAAAAGUGGCAGCAGUGGGCCGUGUUACUUGAUUGAUGCCAGGCGACUGCUGUUCCGCAGAGGAGAUUUGAACGUUUUCGUCUUGUACUUGCCGAGUUCUCUUGGUGCCAUCCGUGGAUUAAGAGUUUGGCAUGAUAACAGUGGCAAAAAGCCGGCCUGGUUCCUGAACAGGGCUAUGCUUCGAGACUGUCAGACUGGAGAAAAAUGGUUCUUCCUUACUGGUAGGAAUGCGCAAUUCUGUUUUAAGCUAAAUUUUAUGAUUUUAUAUACGAAACCCAAUCUAAACAACAACUUAAAUAGAAAGCUAUUAAAGGAUUGUCCAAAAAUUCGGGUUUGACAUGCAAUUUAAGUGCAGGGGAUCAACCAUUUAGAUCGGUCAAACCAAACGAGGUUAACAUAUCACAGUUUUUCGUACGGUAUAUUAAGGAAGAUGAUGUGAACUGCGUGUAUACAAUGUGUGGGUCUUCAUAGCUCAGUUGGGAGAGUACUGCAGCGCUAACGAAGAGGCUAUGGUCUCAAAACGGUUUUUUUUUGCGGGUUUAUUUGCAAUUGCUUAAAUUGCUAUUACAACUGCGACAAUCGUAUCUUCAGUUAAAAAUUAAGUUCUGUUAAUCAUAUUUUGUUUUCUAGCUCGUUGGCUUGAUGUAGCGGACGAAGACGGAAAAGUAGAUGUAUUUCUGCGUCCCGCAAGCGAAGAAGAUAUGGUAUCUUUCAAGAAAAGGUUGAACAGGAAAAUUCAUGAGGGGAUAUGUGACAAUCAUCUAUGGUUUUCAGUAGCAUAUCGCCCUCCUAGAAGCCGAUUCACGCGGCUUCAAAGAAUUUCUUGUUGCUUGUCUCUGUUGUUUUCCUUCAUGGUCGUUACUGCUAUGUUUUACGGCUCUGACCCUCAACCGGGAGAUACGUCUAAAAACUUGGAGCUGGGACCGAUUAAAGUUAAUUUACGUACUGUGAUUAUAGCGAUCGAGAGCGCAUUAGUUGUACUGCCUGUCAACCUCUUGAUUGUGGCUUUGUUUAGAAAAUCUAGAAGGAAGGAAUUUAAUUCUUCCCAGCCAAAGGAGAAUUGUUGUAGACAAAACGUUUCCCGGUCACCUGAGCAGGUUGAUGAUACUGAUUCCAUACGUACUGAUACGGAUAGUUUAGUGAGAGUUGUUGAAAAUAAGGACCAAGAAACGGACCUCCACGAUAUCCAGUGUCAGAUCGACGAUGAAGAUGAACUUCAUAGUGAACCAGGCGAAAAUAGCAGUAAAAAUCACGAUCAAACUGACUUAACGUUACAGGAUGAAUCUAGUGGUUUCUUUGCAAGAAUUCGUGCAAAAUUCAAAGGCUCUGGAGGCAGCCGUUCACACUGUUUUCCACACUGGUGCAUUUACGUGGGUUGGACUUUGUGCAUAUUGAUGACACUUACAUCUGCCGCGUUCACACUGUUUUACAGCAUGAUGUGGGGGAAAGAGCAGUCUAACGUUUGGCUAACGACUAUGGCCAUCUCGUUUGUCCAAGACACACUAAUCAGUCAGCCAUUGAAGGUGCUUAUUGUCUCCUUGGUCUUUGCAAUAGCUGUCGCAACGCCCAGUGGUCAGGACGAUUUAGAAGAAAUAUCAGCCGCCAUGGGUAAGUACGAGAUACAUUAAAAUUGACAAAGUUAGCAUUAAUUAAUGAAAUGUUUGUAAUUGGGAACAUCAUCACACUUCUUUGCAUGGACUUAAUUUCUACUUCUAUUUUUAUUUCAUUAAUCUUACCGACUUUCUACGUUUCAACGUCCCAGCGUUAGAGCGGUAUUUAAAGGCUUUAACGGCAUUAAAUUUUCCCAAGUCGACACUCGUUUCAUCCUAGCUAAUUUGUUUUAAAAGAAACAUAGUGACUUUUAGUGUACUCUGAAAUAUUUCAUUCUCCCCCAGUUUUGGCAGCAACGGUUUGUUUUUGCAACAAAAUGUGGCAGUUAAGCUCUACGAAAGGCGUAUGAUAGACUACUCAAGAGAACACUUUUCUUCGUCUAGUUUAAACGUUUUUAUUCCACAACAGACUGACUCACAAAACUUUCUUCAUGUACAAAAGAAAAACAGGUUCAGCGCGAGAAAAUCUAAACGGCGCGGAGAUCUGACCUUUUGGUCCCGAUUAUUACUGAACUGGCCAUUUUAUUAAUGUUUCACUGACUAACUGUUUACCUCAUCUGCUCAUAGGGGCCGAACAGGCAGUUUUCGACAAACAGCUGAGACAUGAAGAUUGGACGCAGUACAAUGCCCCUGAUAAGAAGCUCUUGAAAUCGCUGCGAACUCGAGAGCUUAGAAGACGUCACACGAUCAAACUCUUCACAGACUUGUGUGUUUACGUUAUUUUGCUCACAAUGGUCAUCAUCUUAAGCUUCCAGUACAGAAACCCAGACUCGAACAAAAUGAUCGAUAGUUUGAGGCGACUAUUUCUAGAUCCGGUUCACAACAGUAGCUAUGUUUGCCUAAAUCAGGUAAGCUAAAACACCUGUUAAACUUAUGUUUCUUACAACUGUUAGUUGCCUGCCCUUCUAGCGAAACAACAAAAGGCGUUCAACCCAUUAUUACCUCACGUACGAGACAAUCUUCGUAGUUUCUUCGGUGAUUCAUAACCAAGAGAUGGAAAAACUAAGGCUCGAGAAACGAGAAAACAACAAUGCAAGUUGCCAAAAAAUACCGGUAUGCAAGAAACUUGUUCUUUUUGUGCUACUGCCCCACUCUCCUAGUUUGCAUCUCAAUUUUAAAAUUCAUCCAAAAAAUAGCGACUUAGCUGACACAUUUUUUAUGUAAUACGUGCUUGUAGGGCUACGUGUUGCACCAAAGUAAAGCAACACCUUAUUUGAAACGCAAAAUUUAAAUAACGUAUUACCAUAUUAUGCAGUAUCGCACAAAAUAAGAACGCGUAAUAGAUUCCCAACUUUACUAAACGGGUCAUGAGUGAGCAUUCGUUGAUGCAAGAAAGUUGCAAUGAAAUCCCAAUUAUACCAGAGGCCGCUUCGCGGCCUGCCAGGAUAAUUGAAAUUAAAUAUUAUUCUACAUCUAUGUAUUCAAAGGUGACAAAGAUAGAUUCCAUCUGGGCCUGGACGAGAAAGACCUUGUUACCCGGCUUGCACCCAGUAUUACAUGAUGGGAGUGGUGAAAGUGAGCCAUUUAUUGCCGACAGAGUGUCACUGCUUCUGGGCGUGGUGCGAAUACGGCAAGUUCGCAUACAAACAGGUAGCUAUUGAUUGUCAAUUUACAGUUUCACAGAACAGCGAAAACUUUACUUGCAAGUAAAAGAUUUCCCAGGAGUUCCACAAGCUGCUUCUUACGAAAUAUGCAGUAUUUACACACUAGAACAAACUCUGUUAACGCUAACUAUGUUGUUCAUUUAAGGUACUUGUAAAGUGAACAAGUUCUUUAAAGACGCUAUCUCGGAAUGCAACGACUUCCAUUCGCUUAUGAACGAAGAAACAAAGUUUUAUACCGAAGGGUGGAAGAAUGCAAGAGAGAAACCAACCGAGACAGAAAAAGGAAAGUUAUUCGCCUUUUUAUCGUCACAGUCAACUCACGUUCACACUUCUUGGGAGCAUGUUAAUGCCUUCGAAGCUCAUCAUAUACUACCAGUUAUCGGGACAUUUUCAACUUACAGCGGAGGUGGAUACGUGUUGAACUUGAACAGAAGUUCGCAACAGUCUAAGCUUAUUGUGGAUCGUCAUGAGAGAUCAUCUUGGUUAGAUAGAUACACCAGAGCGGUGCACGCCGAAUUUGUUGUGUACAAUCCCGCCAUCAAUAUGUUGGCAGCUAUGUCCAUCACGUUUGAGAUUCCGCCUAUAAGCGGAAUAUUCAAAAGUUAUGAAGUCUUCACAGUGAGCAUGUACAGCUCCUUGCGAAAACAUCCAGCCGCCAGAAUAAUUGGCGAGGUGAUUGGUGCUCUUACAUUGGUUUUCAUGAUCUAUCGUGUUGUUCUCACUCUAUUCCACGACAAGUUGCGGUAUUUUACAGACCUCGCCAAGGUUUUGGACCUUGUUUUAGUUCUCACUGGGGUUGUCAUUAUUUUCCUGAAAGUACUAACAGAGGGUUUCAAGAAACUAGCCACAAACCAAUUCAAGGAAAACUCACAUCAGUUCCUCGAUUUCUACCAAUGUGGCUUCUACGAUGAGCUGACCGACUAUGCCUUCGCUUUCCUCAAUUUUAUCGCUAUUGUUCGGUUUGCCGUUUUCAUCCAGUUUCUAAGUUGUUUAAAUCACAUUCUGAGGACCAUCGCAAGAUGUUUUCAUGAGCUGGUUGCUUGCCUAUUUGUCUUCUUCUGCCUGAUGAUGGCAUUUUCGUCAAUGUUAAAACUUGCAUUCAACACAGACAGUGAAGAUUUCAAGGACUUCUCCAAUUCACUCCAAACCUCCGUUUCGUACAUGGCUCGGAUGGUGAGAACAUCCGACGAUAUUUCAAGCACCUUCACAAUCGUGAGGGCAUUUGCCUUAUUCUCCUGCUGCCUAACAUUGAUUUUCUUCUACCUAACCAUUAUAAGGUCGGUGUUUAUAGUAGGCCACAGGCAAACGCUGGUGGAUGAUCGAGGAAGAACAAAAGAAAAAUCUUUUGAAUCUGCAAUUUUAGAAAUAUUUGUGGACAAAUUCAAGGAAAUGACAGGAAUGGAGAAGAAGGAUAAGGAACUUGAAGGGGAAGAAGACCCUAUGGAAGUAAUGUUGAAGGCUCAAAGACAUUAUAUCGAUAAAAGCCAGUUUGUUAGGCUUCAAAACCUUAUUAAUGAAGCGUACGUGGAAGACGUUGUCGACGACUUGAGGAUCUUCGAGGUAAUGAGUUUAGAGAGUCAAACUUCGUCGAUACUUUUGGAACACGUUGACACCGAAGCUGAGGAUGAUUCUUUGAUUAAAAAACAGGAAAUAAAGCUAAGACGCAAAGAAGACAAAAUCGAUCAAGAAAACGCAGGGAAUGACGAGAUAACGGGAAUGUCUCAUGUCAGAUUCGAUCUUCCAUCUCAAGAAAUCGAUACAACACCACCUGAAGAAACCAGUGCUGAUACCGACAAAAUAAAACCUAUCACACAAAAAGAGCAAGAGAAGCUGAGCAUUCUCGAAAAACUAGUACAGGAAAAAAUGAAGACUUUACAGGAGCAACGCAAAAUCACGCAGAAUCCUCGGGAGUCUCGUUCUGUGGAACACGACAUUCAAAUGCUUGCAAAAUUGCAACAAAGGAUUGAUGCUACGAAACGG